CAGUUGCAAGAUGGCGAACGUUCGGGAUAGUGAUACAUCCUUGUGGCUUCACAAUAAACUCGGAAUAUCGAAUGAUUCGUGGACAAGUGGCUCAAUUUGUUCUCAAUUAAACGCGGAAGUGCUGAAAAAUAUUAAAGAUUGUUUUCCAGAUUUGCAAACACAAGUAAAGCUAAAAUUAUUGCUAAGUUUCUUUCAUAUCCCGCGCAGAAAUGUUGAAGAGUGGAGAAAUGAAUUGGAGGAGAUCAUUGAAGUUGCAGCGGUGGACUCAGAUCUCUGGGUUGCGAUGCUCGCUGAAGUCCUUAAGACAUUCCCAGCGACUGGCACACUUAAUACAGAGAUAGCGGAGUUUGAUGAGACCAGGCCUAUCUUCAGUGAUAUGAUAGGAGAACUGAGGAGGGAACUGGCCAAACAUUCAGAUCUUAAUCUAUUGCCAUUGGAGUGCCUAUAUUUAAAUAAAAAUGCCUUAGUAUCUGUGGUUGGUCAACAACCGAAUCCUGUUAAACAUUUUACAUUGAAACGAAAACCGAAAUCAGUGGCUUUAAGGAGUGAGUUACUAGCUAAAGCUGCGGAGAUCCAAGCUAAUCAGAAAAAAGCACAGGCUCCCACUGUUCCCGUUAGAUCUAGAGGGAUGCCUAGGAAAAUGACAGACACAACACCUCUGAAAGGUCUACCAUCUCGCUGGGCGGCGCGUACUGGCUCCAGAGUACUAGCCCCUAUAUCUCGACCACCUCCACGUUCUGGCAUCAAGCUGUUAGAUAUCAACGAGCAACCUGCAACUCAUGCACAGAUCAAGAAGAGAAGGAAACUUGAAAUAGAGGAAGGUGCUAAGAAGCAGCCGCCAGUCGCGCCACCCUCACCUCCACCAGACUAUGCCAAGGGGCUCAACUACCAGAUGCCCAAAGCUGAUGACCAGCCCAGCAGUGAAGCGCUGACUCCAGCGAACAACACGGAAACAUCAGUACAGUCAGAGACAGAAGUUAACAGCACACCCCCGGAGCCUCCCACGUCAGAACCCAACACCAUUCUCUUACAGCAACCAGCAACUGCAAAGCCAAUAGUGAUAGGUCAACAACCAAAGCUGCUGAUAAGUCAGGCUGGAGGCAAGUCGGUGCUGCUGUCUACACAGAAUCUGCUCAACUCCUCAGCUGUCACCAUACUGCAGGGCGGCGGCAAGACGGUCGUACUGCAGAAUAUCAAGCCGCUAACACCAGCCGGUCACACGACAGCGAGAGUCGUGCAACAGAUUUCGCAGCCCCUUAUGCAGAUGCCGGGCACGGUACAAUCAACGCAGUUGCCGGUGGGCAGCGUUCACUCCGCGCCCCCCGCACCCACCGCGCCCUCUGCACCAACCUCCAUGCCCGCCGCGCCCGUCGCACCCGUCAGUGUACAGUCACUGCCGCACGCGGACCACGACCAGCAGGAAGAGCAACAGAUGCAGAUACAGCAGCCCGCGCCGCCGCAACAGACGCUUGUACCACGCAGGGGACUUUCGCUUACGCGGGAACAAAUGCUGGAGGCACAGGACAUGUUCCGCAACGCGAACCGCGUUACGAGACCAGAAAAAGCUCUUAUCCUCGGCUUCAUGGCCGGAUCAAGGGAUAAUCCUUGUCCAAACCUGGGUAAUAUAGUAACGAUAAAACUAUCGGAAAACUACGAGAAUGUGAUACAAUCAGAUGAUACUUUCGUCACGAUGGUGGCUGAAAUGCACUUCCAAAUGAAUUACAACAACGGUCAGUGGACUCGCCUCAAGAAGUAUCGGCCGCUAGAUGGCGCUGUCCCACAGAAGAUAUUGCCCGGCUCCUCCAUCAUCGCACCCAACAACCAGUCAAUAGUUACCUUAACCAACCAAAAUGGCAGUUAAAACUAAACUAUUGACGGUGAAUGCUUUACUAAUAUCUAUAUAUUUAUAUUUUUACACUGUUGUGCAAUUGUCACUUUGAUCGACUUGUCAAACUGACAGCUGUCAAUGUCAAAUGUUGGAAUGCCGAGUGUUGCUAACGCUGUCAACCUUUUUUUAAAAACGAAAAAGUUCAGAUUAUAUUUUGACCAUCGAAGAAUUGGUUAUGAUAGUUUUAAUUUUAUUUCUCACGAAGUGAAGAUAAUUUUAAUUUGGAGACAAUAUGAAGAUGGUGAAUUAGUUUCCGAUUGUUUUAUAAGAUUUUUUCUUAAGUUUAGUUUUAGUCAGUGAGAGAUGUGUUUUAUUGCAACAUUCAGAGUUGUGUAAUGGUUAAGCAUUCCCUUAGUGUAUAUUUCUCACUUAAAUCUACACUAAGGGUCAAUCUAUAUGAUUAAACCAGCUCUAAGUGUGGCUUAGUGGUUGAUCUCACUUGGGAGUGUAUGUUUUAGUUGUGUUAUUUCCAAUAUGUUUAGUGCCAAAAUUGAACGCAUUAUAGAGAUAUUUUCAAGUACAUACCCUAAUAUAUACGAAAAAAA